AUGGCGGGAAGUCGAGAGCCGCUACCAGUGGAGCUGGGAGCUCUUUACACUGUGGAGGAGAGACUGGAGACGUUCAGAGUGGCCCACUGCAGCUGGCCGUUCGACAGUGGGCCCUGCACCCCGCUCAAAAUGGCCGAAGCUGGUUUCUACUUCUGCGGUACCGACAGGGCGCCGGACUGGGUCCGCUGCGUGGUGUGCCACCACGACAUGGAGGGAUGGGAGGCGACGGAUGACCCCAGAUCCGAGCACAAGAAACACGUGCCCAACUGCGGGUUCCUCAAGAUCAAAGACCCCUACAAGAUUACCGUGGAGAAUGUGUUGGACUUGGAGAAAAAGGCUUUGGAGACAUUUAUUCAAAAGGAGAAGAGAGAGCUGGAGAAGCAGAUGACAGCUAUGGUGGAAGGCAUGAAGGAGCAGUUGGCACAUGCAGCAGCAGAGGCCAAGACUAAUGCACAGAACACUUAGCAUCUCACCAACUACACGCUUUUACCCCAUCCAUUGUCACCCUGACUUGCUUCAUUCAUCUUAAACAUUGUGAUUACUGAUGUACACAACAGAGAAUAAAAAGAAAA